UGUGUCAGCGUUGCUUCGCUUUGUUUCCAUCAUUGCUACAAGCUGGAUGUCAGCAAGAACAACGUCCUAACAGAAAGUCGUCCUGUCUUAUCCUGUGUGAGGAAUGGAUGCUACUCAGAUGAUCAGUGACUCAAUCUUGGAGUCAGAUGAGGAAGAAAAUGAAGAUGAGAGUGAACCUAAGAGAGGACGACCUUUGGCUAAACUGUGCAUCUUAAAAAAUGAACACAUCCCCGAGGCAGAGUUGCCCCUCUUUUUGGGAGAGAACAUGUUGGGCCGUGACCCCAACACCUGCUCCUUGCCACUUGCAGCACCUUCAGUAUCCAAACGGCAUGCUACGAUCUGCAUCUCUGUUUACAGGAGAAAAGGUUGUCACAGUGAAGUAGACAUAGAGGCUUUGGUGUGGGACCUAGGGAGCAUGAAUGGGACCCGCAAGGGCCGCUUAAAGCUGACUCCUAACGUACGCUAUGCCCUCAGUGAGUGUGACAGUUUGGUGGUGGCGGACAUCCCAUGUCAGUAUGUCAGCUGUGCUACAGACACUUCCUCUUCUCAAGGGGACUUGAGGACUCCUGUAUGUAGAAAAUCAGGGGUGAAGGCUCCGUUGCCAAAUGCCUCUAGAGAAAAGGGAGGUGACACAAACACAGACAGCAAGACAUGUGUCAACGGUGAUACAAAAGCAAGGGUGUCAGUACCUGGUCUGUCCUUUGAGAAAACUCCAACCCAGCCACAGGGGACCCUGGUCCUAGAAUCUGACUCAGACUCAGAUGGAGAAAGAGGGAGAGGAGCAGAUAGGAGGCGCAAGGCUCCAGUGUCUGAUUGUGACUCGUAUAAAUCCAGUCCCAGCUGUUCAACAUUCUUGAGUCCCGCAAACAAAAUCGUCCCUGAAAGUGAGGACGAAAGCCCCAUCACACCGUCCGUCCCCACUAAAAAUAGGCCUCACAGACAUGUCAGCUUCAGCGAGGAGGAGACAGACGUAGAUGUGGGUCGACAGCAGCUGAAGGAGAAAAAGGCGCUUGCGAUUGUGGAGGACAGUGAAGGGGGUGAAGGAAGGGAGGGAGAAAGAGCAGCACGCGGUGUGAGAAAGUCUGAAGGAAGUGGCCAACAUGUGCCAGUGGAACAGGAAAGCAAUGUCAGUCUUACAGGACAACAUGAAUUGCCUGUAUCUUCACCAGCAGCCUUCACAGAUGCGAUCCCUGCAUUUCACAUGGACAGUGACACUGAUGUGGAGGGAGAGGACGAAGGGGUGGCACCUGCAGGUCCUGUGACCUUGAAUACAAACCCACAUACUGAUCAGCCACCAAACACAGCCGAGUUUCACAUGGACAGCGACACAGAUGUCGAUGAGGACGAUGAUCCCUUCAACAAAGUCCCCAAAUCUGUGCAUUCCUCUGCUGACAGCACGAAACCACCUCAGUUUAUUUCAGUUAUUCAGCCAGAGGCCAUCACUAUGGACAGUGACACUGAUGUGGAUGAUGAUGAUGAUGCUGCUGUGUCAGACACUGCUUCAGAGGCAAAACCAGUGUCAUUUCAGAGCACACACACAGCUGACUCUGCUCCUUCAAUGCAGCUGAAAGAUUUCCACCUAGACAGUGACACAGAUGUUGAUGAGGAAGAAGAAAAGGAACGUGGAACAGUUAAUAAAUGCUUAAAAAUAGAUGAAAUUCCCACUAGAUUAGAAGUCAAGCCAAGUGGGCCUGAAUCUGCCCCUGCCGCUCCUCUCAGCCUGCAUCUAGACAGCGACACAGAUGAUGGAGCUAUCGCUGCCCCUGCCGUCAGCGAACCCUCGGUGGUGUCUGCUGUCACAGAAUCAUGCACCACUGCAGACACAGGAGCUGAUUUGGAUAUUCUGUCUGACAGCGACACAGAUGUGGAAGACGAUUCUCCUCUGGUUAUACCUUUUGUUGCCACAAGCUUGUCAUUUAUUCCUGGUGCCGUGUCAGAAGAUCUUCAGUCAGAUUCUGAUGCAGACACAGAUGUGGAUGAGUCCAGCAUGCCACCUGCUGUAGAUGGGGUCAAUCUAGCUGACCUUGGUGUGGACAGUGACACAGAUGUGGAAGAUCAGGAGGUGGAUUUUGGACGGCCUCGUGAGGGUCAGAUUCCUCGCCUAGCCAGAGAGAAUACACCUGGGUUCCUGGUUCCCACGCUGCAGAACUGCUCUACUCCAGUACAGUUGUCAGAAGGAGAAGUGGAAGACAUGGACACUCAGGCUUCACCAGGUCCAUUUAGACGUGCAGUAGCCCCUGCACUCAGACCUAAAGUAUUGUGUUCCAGCUCAGACAGCCAGGAGGAUGAGGAUUUUGUCGUUGCUGAGACACAGUCCUUUGUUCUUCAGACCAGAGACUGCCAGGGCAACCCCCCAGAGGACCACCUGCAUGGACGGGCCCAAGCUCUAGCCAUGGAGAGCACCCAAGCUUUUACCUCUGUGGAAGCGGGUGUGAAUGUGGAAGCUACCCACGAAUAUGCAGCUAUCUCAAAUGCAGACAGAACCUCCUUAGAGAAUGAUUCAAAUCUUGAAGCUACACAGGCUUAUGGAGAGGAUGAGGAACCUGCCAGGUGUUCAGUAACGCCAGAAGAAGAAGGCCAGGUAGAUUUGGCCCUAGAAGCAACACAGGCAUAUAUUCCAGAACCCUACAGUGAUUCAGAGGAUGAAACAGAUGAAAACGAGAGAAAAGACACAGCUACUGCUGAGACUCAGCCUUUAGACUUUCCCGCCUCAUCUACUCUUGCCAAUGCUGAAACCCAACCAAUGUCCGCCUUUGAAGAAGAGGAGAGUUCAGAUAAAGAAAAUCAUGUUUUCUCUGUACUACAAGUCAAGCCCAGAUCACAGAAUGAAACAGAUGAGAGGGAAGAACAUGGGGAGGCAGCUCAACCUCAGGCAGAGUCUGUAGCUGAAACGCAGCCCAUGCAUGCAAGCAACUAUGAGGAGAGUGACGAGGAGAGCUUGAUUCCAGGUCCACGAAAAAGAAAAGCAAAGCCACUGCAGCCUGAAGAGGAGCAGACACAGCCCCUCACUGGUUCUGAGUUAUCGCUUGUUGAAACCCAGCCCAUGCACAUUGGUGUUGAUGAAACCCAGCCCAUGGCUACGAGUGGAAAUGAUGAAAGUGAUGAGGAGGACGUAAUUCAAGGGCCACGAAAAAGAAAAGCGAAACCACUGCAACUUGAAGAAGAGCUGACACAAACGCUCACAAACUCGCAGCCCUCUGCUGUUGAAACUCAGCCAGUGGAUGCAGGUGAACAUGGAGAAAGUGAUGAAGAGGACUCGAUUCCAGGUCCUCGAAAAAGAAGAGCAAAACCGCUGCAACUUGAAGAAGAGCAGACACAGUCCCUUACUAGUUCUGAAGUCCCUGCUGUUGAAACUCAGCCCAUGGGUACAUGUGAAGUUGAGCAAAGUGACGAAGAGGACUCGAUUCCAGGUCCUCGAAAAAGAAGAGCAAAACCACUGCAACUUGAAGAAGAGCAGACACAGUCCCUUACUAAUUCUGAAGUCCCUGCUGUUGAAACUCAGCCCAUGGAUACAUGUGAAGUUGAGCAAAGUGACGAAGAGGAUUCCAUUCCAGGUCCACGAAAAAGAAGAGCAAAGCCGCUGCAAAUCCAAGAAGAGCAGACACAGUCCCUAACUAGUUCUGAAGUCCCUGCUGUUGAAACUCAGCCCAUGGGUACAUGUGAAGUUGAGCAAAGUGACGAAGAGGAUUCCAUUCCAGGUCCACGAAAAAGAAGAGCAAAGCCGCUGCAAAUCCAAGAAGAGGAAACACAGACGCUCACAAAUUCUGAGGCCUCCACUGUCGAAACUCAGCCAGAAGAAACAAAAACUGGCCUGCAACGUCAGAGGGGAAAGGAGGCACAAUCUGAAGCUGGAACCAGUGGCAUCACCAUUAGAAGUAAAAGAGGAACAAGGGCAAGAGUAAGAGAAGAGGACCAGGAAGAGUGUUCCGACCCUCCCCAAAGACAGACAAUAGGGAAGAAUAAAGUUUUGCCAACUACCAGAGGAAGGAGAGGAAAACCAAGGCCUGAUGAGGAUUCAAGUGAGAAAGAAGAGGAGGUAGAGCAGGCUAAGCAAGCUAGAGGAAAAAAAUCCACGAGGCAACAGAAAAAUGAUGAGGAAGAGGGAGACAUGGAAAGACAUAAGAAUGCUGAAAAAGACACCAGAGUAAAGGAACAAGAAGAAGGAAUUUUGGGAGAGGAGAAAGAUCACACAAAGCUGCAACAAGAGAGGGAAAUGGAACAGGAGGAGGGUCAGCAUAGCAAAGAAAAAGAGAGUGAAGAACAAGAAAGAUUACAGGCUGAAAAUGCAGAAAGGUUAAGACUUGAGCGGGAGAGAGCAGAAAAAGAGACUGCAGAGAGGGAAAGAAAGGAACAAGAAGAAAAGGAAAGAGCUGACAGGAUACAAAAGAAAAAAGAACAAUUGGAGGGGGAAAGAAAGGAGAGGGAAGAAAAGGAGAGAUUAGAGCAUGAAAAGACAGAAAGAGAAGAAAAGGAGAGAAUGGAGAGAGAAGAGAAAGAGAAAGAGAAAAAAGAAAAGGAAAUAAAGGAAUGGGAAGAAAAAGAGAGAUUGGAGACAGCAAGACUUGAGAGGGAGGGGAGGGAACAAGAACAGCAGGCAAGACUGCAAAUGGAAGCAAAGGAAAGGGAAGAAAGAGAAAGAUUGGACAAAGAAAAACAAGAAAAAGAGGGCAAAGAAAAACAAGUAAAAGAGCAACAAGAAAAAAAGGAAGAAGAAAACAAGCCCAAAGCACCUGCAAGAGGUCGAAGAGCAGCCAGAAGAACAACCGCAGCCCCGUGUUCAACAGAGCCGGAACCAGACCCAACCAUCUCAACCAGUGAUGACGUCCCAGCAAGGAGAACCAGGUCUCGCUCCAACUCUUCCAACUCUGUCAGCUCAGAGAGGUCUGCUUUGAGUGUCGACACUCAGCAGAGCAGGGGGAGAGGCCGAGGCAGAGGAGCAAAGCGUACCAGUGAGCCACCCCGGGCAGCCAUCGCCAGGAGCAGCGCCAGAAGGAGGACGGUGGCCGCAGAGCCAACAGAUCCGGACAGGAAUGAUAAUUCUCCUCAACGAGUCCUUUCACGGUCAAACUCCAACAACUCCCUCAACUCUGAGAUUUCCAGCUGCAGCUUGAGCUCUCAGAGCAGAGGAAGAGGAGGCAGGCAACGAGGAAGAGGGAGGAAAACGGAGCCAGUCUCCAUCCCUCCUAUCACUAGUCAGAGCGAUCAGAAUUCAGCUCCCAAACCUACAACCCGAGGCAGGAAAAGUGUUAAAGCAGAGGAACAAUCUAAUGCGGCUUCCCAUGAAGAUGAUACACAGAAGGCAGACUCUCAGCAGGCUAGCACCACAAGGGGGCGGCGGCGAGCCAAUGAAAAUGCCUCUGAACCCGCAGCUGCAGGUGAGGGAGACCCUUCAAACCAAGAGGAAGAACGUGCCUAUGAAGAAUCACUGACGCCUAAAAGGAACAUCAGGGGCAGAGGCCAAAAAGCAGUGAGGAGUGAGACCGUGGUCAGAGAUGGAGAUCAGGCUAAAGAGAAAAGAAAAGGAAGAAAAAGGGAGUCGGUGGCAAAUACGGAGGAGGGUUCCAGCAGUAGCUCCAAAAUUUCCAAAGGGAAGGAGAAAGCCCAAACAACAGAAGCAGCAGAUGAAGAAGCAACAGGUGAAACAAAAGGUGACAUUGCUAAUAGAAGAGGUAGAGCACCCAGUGCUCAAGCAAAGACGAACGCAAAAGAUUCCUCCACUGAAGUGGAAGAGAGUGAGAAAAUGGAGGAGGAGGCCGUUGAGAAGAGAGGCAGAGGUCGGCCGUCAGCGAUCCAGAAAAGGAAGAAAGAGGAGCAGGAGCAAAGUGGAUCAUCUGUAGUCCAGGAUACACAUGUGGAGGCAUCAGAGCCCCAGACUCCAACCAGCGGUGCAUCCCGGAAGCGACAGGCUCCUCCGGACUCCUCCCCUGUGGCAAAGACCCCCCGCUCCUCCUCUGCUUCUUCAGCAGCUAGUGGUCGAUUCCGAGCUGCCAGCCAGGCCUACAAGGUGCUGUUCACGGGCGUGGUGGAUGAAGCAGGGGAGAGAGUGUUGGCUCGUUUAGGAGGCAGCAUGGCCAAAGGUGUGGCAGACAUGAACUUUCUGGUGACUGAUAAGGUGCGCAGGACUGUCAAGUUCCUGUGUGCGGUGGCUAAAGGAGUCCCCAUUGUUAGCACACACUGGCUGGAAAAGAGCGGUAAGGCCGGGAGCUUCCUGUCUCCUAAUGCUUUCGUUGUGAAAGAUCCGGAGCAGGAGAGGAAGUUCAAUUUCUGCCUGCAGGAGUCUCUGAGGAUUGCCAGCAGUCAGCCUCUCUUGCAGGGAUAUGAGAUCCAUGUUACAAAAUCAGUGAAGCCAGAGCCAGUUCAAAUGAAAGACAUAAUCACCUGCAGCGGAGCUACCUUUCUUGUCAAAAUGCCGUCUUCUCACAAGCCUCAGACUGUAGUGAUUUCCUGCGAGGAGGAUUGGUCGCUGUGCGGCCCGGCUCUCUCUGCAUCCGUCCCAGUCGUCACUGCUGAGUUCAUUCUCACAGGGAUCCUGCAGCAGAAACUCGACUUCCAGACCCACUCGCUCUCUGCCCCUACAAGCAAUCCACAACCUGCAGGAGGCAGAGGAAGGGGCAGGAAGAAGACUUAGUAACACCAGGGUAGACUGAAAAAGCCCCACGCUCUUAGAUCCCCCGUCAAAUCAGAGGCAGGUAGAAACACUAGUGAGUCAGCUGGCUGUAUGAAAGACUUGAAGAAUUUUUUUGCCAUACACAGCAGAAGUCGAGAGUUUACUUGCACGAUGGUAAACACACUGUGGAUGUAACAUCCAUAUGAUUUUACUGUUUAAUGUCAAAUGUGAAAAAACAAUUUCAUAUGUCUAGCAUCCCGUUUUGCAAGAGAGUGACGGAAGACACGUUAUUUAGGAAACUUCCAAAAACUACUUCUCAGUGUCUUACAAUCUCAUCUUUUCCUUUGUACAUGUGGAAAAAUGUAGUUUUUAACUUGCAAAAGCUAAAAGCGAUGUUGCUGCUAUGCAGGGUGGGGAAUGAUUACCCAUUGACUACCCUUGUCACUUCCCCCGCUCAUCCUCCCCUGCGCUCCACCCCUCUCUUUGUACAACGAUUAUGAGCAGAGCAGGAAUUAACGCUGCAAAAUUGCUGCUACUCCCUGUGUGUGUGUGUAUGCUAAGUGCAUCAACUCAGUCAGCCAGUUUGGCAGGUAACCAGCCAUGAAGUGGGUGGUGAAUAAUCAUGUUUGGGUGGUGUUAUACUGGAACCAAUUGGAUCUGAUUUGAAAACUUUGGUGGCCAGUGGAUGGGGAAAAAAAAGCUUGUUUCCUGUCCUGAUAUGAAGUGUGUAGUGCCUUUAACACCAAGGUAAUCAUGAACCUGUGUCUCUGCUGUUCGUCUGUCUCCAUUAACCAACACUACCUACUCCAUUAAGGCUUCAUCCAAACCUAUUUCCUCAAGCUACAAGACUCGAUAGAGGCACCUGAAUGCUGAUGCUGCUUCUACAUCAAUAUCUUAUUGAGUUUGUUCUUGCUGGACAUUUACCUACUGAGUGUUCAUAUUAUGUGCACUGGUUGUUAUGCUCCAGAGACCUGUAUACAGAUGUGCACCCGCUGUGAAUCUUGAUUUAAACUUGCUGCGUCAUUGGUGUUUCAAAGACAGACGUUUGAUUUUAGAACUGUUAAAUAGCUCAACACAAAGUUUGUAUUUGUAUCAAAUCAUGAAACCUGUCUGUAAUACCAAUGUAAACAUUACAUUUUUUUUCUAAUAGGUUUCACUAAAUCUAUUAAUUUUGCAACA